AUGCCUCUGAUUAUGGAAGACAGUAUUGAUGUUGACGAGCUUUUCGGGGAUCCAACUUCUUUAGAGCUGGGGCUGGGAGAUGCGGCACCUACCAUCAAAGGCUUACCCCAAAGGAUAGACGAGCUUCGGCUUUCGGGCUGUUCUCAAAAGGUGGCAUGGUCAAAGCUUGGGGCAAUUGCGUAUGUCUCACCAGAUGGCCAGAAAGUCCUGCUACGUUACCUUCACUGUAGCCCUAUUGAUGGCAAAUGGACCUUGAGUGAAGAAUCCCCCAUUAACCAGAUCGCUGACAUCCAUGGCGGCCAUGCCAUGGUCCAUCUUCUCUGGAACGAAAGCGGUUCUGAGCUGGCCAUCGUGGAUAGCUGUGGUCGCAUUUCGGUUGUCACCAUAAUGAUGGCGCUGAAUACUGUUAAUCCGACACGUCAGGCCUCGAUGGAUGCUGACGAUGACUGGUCGCAGCCUGUUGGCUUGAUGUGGUUAAACCUGAACCGGCCGCUUUUUGGUUUUCACAAAGCGACACGGGCGAAUGAUAGGUGGAACUAUCCGGCGUACCGACGACGUCCUUUGGGGCCGCUGCAUCCUGCAAAUAAACCAGGCCUCGUUGUGGUGACAAAAUCUGGUCAUAUUAAACUUAUAUAUCAGAAUCCUGACUCAAGGUGGGCGGAGAUAUCCACGGAAUUGAAAGCGGUUGGAUAUCUUGAUGGGCUACUGACACAUGCUGCUCUGGCGCCGGCUGAGGGUAAGAUAAACAACUCUCCCCAACGAAAAACUAAGUGUAUAUUUCUAAAGCCUGUACAAAUCCUGAAACCGGACAUUCUAGGAAGUGGGAUUUCUAUUGCCGCCUACUCAACAUAUGGGAAAUUAUAUUUUUACCGGAUUCAGGUCAAAUGGGAUCCUCCGGAAUGGGAUCUAACCAUGAAACCAGGCGGUGGCCCAGUUGCGUUUCCAACCCCCGCUUUCCAGAUCCUGCAUACCAAGACUGAAAUCCUCAGUGCCAUUUUUCACCCGCAAGCCCAUGACGUGGACAAUAUCACGGGCUUCCCAUCCCCGAAUGGUUCAAUAUACAACCUUACCCAUCUUGAGAUAAUCACCGCACCUCAAGCCGUUCCCGGCACACAGGCUGCUACGGGCCCCUGCAUCAUAGCUGUUGCAUCCAUUCCAGCCCAGAGUCAACUUGGUCAACCACCUCCCUCUGGACCCUCGAGUAUCCUUGUUCGCUGGCAAUUGGACACAAUGGCCCAGGCCCUGCACCCAAAUUUCGAUAAUGUGGUGUCGAAGAACACGGCCUCUAGCCCCAAGCCUAAAAUAAUCUUCAGAAAACUAGACGACAUAUAUUUCGAUAGAUAUGUUGUCUCGAUCGACUACAUGGAAGCUGGCAGCGUACUUGCCAUUACACAAGAUGAUAGCUCCAUAUCAUUUUUCGAGGCUAGAUCCAUGAGACCGAUUACUGAGAAUGAAGACGAUAACAUUGUGACAAGCAUGCCUAAUGCCGGAUUCACCUUUCCGAUCGACGCGUCAGGUCUCCAUAUUGCAUUUUCGCCAAGUGGGUGUCUGGCGGUGGUCCUCAGCGGGGAGGGCCAAUUGCAUUUGCGAUGCAUGGAGCACUCGUUUGGUAUGGAUGACGACAUGUAUGAUAACGGCAAAUUCACUUUCGCAAUAGCUGCAUUGGCAUUGGGAUAUGUUCGGGCGUGUGGGAGCGAUGCCAGUGCGGAUGAUAUCCUUACAGUCAUUGUGCGGCAGCUCAACCCGGAGGCGCAGAAAUCUUUCGUCACCGAAGUGUAUUCGAUCUUAUUCAUGAGCGUCGACUUUACCGAGCACGACAAGCUCGUAAACAACCAAUCCAUCCAAAAGGGACUUACGAUGCAAGCCGUGCUUGGCUUCAGAUCCCGGUUCCAGCGACGAACUUCUUCCUCUGCUGUGUCAUGGAUCAUAUUAAACAUUCGACAGAUCAUGGUGCUACUUUUGACAUUUUCGCAUUAUCUCAAGAGUGGCAGGGAUUUCACCCCUUCUGAGCCAGAAGCUCUCCAUAUGAUUCUGGGGAACAUCAAGUGGAUCCUUGAUCUUGCAAAAUACUUGGUCAACGACCUUUUCGAAAUUGAGGAUACGAUCCCUCCUGAUCGAAAUUCAUUUUCUUUACCAAGCAAAACAUACGAAUCGCCCUCCCUCAUCCUAGUUCUCUCCAGCGUCCCACGCUCUUUCCUCCGCCAUAUAUUCCGCUACCUCAGCCGUUUCCCCUUAGCAUUCAAAGCCGCUAGCAACCUGAGUGGCGAGUCCUACCAGCUCUUCGCCAGCAUCAACAAUACCAUCGAGCAAUCCUCCCUAAAACCCGAUGUCUGUGAGAAAAUGCUCACACACAUCGACAGCCUAGUCACCCGUUCCUACGAAGCUGCCGGGUUUGGAAACGCGGAACGAAACGCACCAGAGCGCGAGAUGCUAAUCACAUGCAGCAUCCCGCCGGUACUCCAGCCGGCUGUUAUGUCGAUUUUGACAGAGACAAUGCCGUUGAUAGUGCGAUCGGAGGUGGACAGGAUGGCAUUGGCGUUGUAUGACUACAGUUGGCUUGGGAUAGGGGAUGACAAGCGUACAGAGCUGUUUAAGCGGACACACGAUGUGGAUAUUUUGAAGAAGAAUGUGAGUAGGUUGCCGGAUCCGACGGUGGCGAAGAGAAGAUGUGUACGCUGUUGUGAGGUUUCAGAGGAUACCUGGUUGCCCCGGUCGGCUUCUAUGUAUAGAUUGAUUGGGAAGAUUGGGGUUCUGAGAACGUGUGUUUGCGGCGGCACAUUUGCGAUGGAGAACGUGGAAGCUUUGGAUCGGCUGCCUCUUCCGGUGUAUAGGUAGCAUGCACACAAGGAGUUUAAUCCUGUUUGGGAUAAUGUACUCUAUUGUUUGGAGAGGGCGUGGGGUGUUUCUUCGGAAAUUUAUAAUAGCGAUGCGCGCGGAAAAAGGAGUAAAAUGUAUAUGAAGAGAACGAUUGCGUUCCUGUUUAAAACCUGCGUAAUUUUAACACCGAUGGAGGCACUCUUGGCCACUACAU